AUGCGUGGUAUUGCCUCAGAUUCGCUCAUGGACGGUACGCUCCUCUCGGGGGGAGAGAUUGAUAUGCCCAAUCAUGCUGGACACUUCCCAGUUCGAGAGACAUCGACCUUUCAAUCGCGUGAUGGAAGCCUGCCAGACAUCGCACCAGUUCCAUUCCCCAUCGCCAUUGUCGGAAUGGGCAUGCGACUGCCCGGUGGUAUCAGUAACGAAACGGAGUUCUGGGACUUCCUCAUCAACAAACGCGAUGGACUCUGCAAGGUCCCCGAGGACAGGUACAACAUUGACGCUUUUUAUGACACCUCCAAGCCGGGACAUGUCCGAACUCGACAUGGAUAUUACUUGCAGGACGACAUCGCGCAGGUCGACAAUGGAUUCUUUGGUAUCAGCAAAACGGAAGCAGCGAAGUUGGACCCGCAGCAAAGGCUUCUGAUGGAGGUUAUCUGGGAGUGCAUGGAAAACGGCGGGCAAACCCAGUGGCGUGGCAAGAAUAUUGGCUGCUAUGUUGGUGUGUUUGGUGAGGAUUGGUUAGAUCUCAUGAGCAAAGACGUGCAAAACAAUGACCGAUAUCGUGUGGUGUGCUCUGGAGACUUCGCCAUUUCAAAUCGCAUCUCUUUUGAGUAUGAUCUGGGAGGCCCUAGUAUGACCAUCCGUACUGGAUGUUCGUCCUCAAUGGUUGGGCUACACGAAGCAUGCCAGGCUAUUUAUUCUGGUGAAUGCUCCUCUGCACUCGUGGCCGGGACCAACAUCAUCAUAACGCCGACGAUGACCACAACUAUGUCAGACAACAUGGUCCUUUCUCCUAGCGGUAUCUGUAGGACCUUUGAUGCGGCAGCUGAUGGCUAUGGAAGAGGGGAGGCAAUCAAUGCCCUAUUCAUAAAGCCAUUGUCACAGGCAAUGAAGGAUGGUGACCCGAUUCGUGCCAUUAUCCGAUCCACUGUGGUGAAUUGUGACGGCAGGACACCAAGUAUAACGACCCCCGGUUCAGAGGCUCAGGAACGGCUAGUUAGAGCAGCGUACAGAAAGGCCCAGAUCGAAGAUGCUUGCAGAACUGGCUUUUUCGAAUGCCACGGUACAGGUACCAUUGUCGGGGAUUCAUCAGAAGCAUCCGUCGUGGCAAAAGUCUUCGGAGAGAAAGGGAUACAUAUGGGAGCGGUAAAGCCCAAUGUUGGACAUUCUGAAGGCGCAUCUGCAAUUACCAGUAUUAUCAAGACCGUCCUAGCUCUCGAGCAUAAAGUUAUCCCGCCUAAUGUCCAUUUUGAAAAGCCAAAUCUGAAAGUAAUCCCCUUCAAUGAAGCGAAGCUACAAGUUCCCGUGGAAGCCACUCCGUGGCCCAAAGAUCGUAUAGAAAGAGCAAGCGUCAAUUCCUUCGGAAUCGGUGGCACUAACGCCCAUCUCAUUUUGGACUCUGCUUCUUCUUAUUGUCAGGGGCAAUCUUCGCAGGCUGUCUCGAGAAGCGUACCCGGCCCUCAGCUUCUGCUUCUCUCCGCAAAGAGCGCGUCUUCCCUCGAUCGAAAAACAGAGGAGAUUAAGAAGUAUCUGCAGGAUCAACCAGCAGCCACGCCUGACUUGGCAUACACGCUCGCGAUGCGACGGGAGCAUAUGCAACAUAGAGCUUUUGCUUUAGCUGAAGAGGGAAUAGCGCCAUCUUUCGAAAAGUUUCGAUCGAGUUGUCCAUCAGCCGUUUUCGUCUUUACCGGCCAAGGUGCUCAGUGGCCUGGCAUGGGGAAGGAUCUGAUAUCAAGAUCCAAACGGUUCCGUGAGAGUAUCCGGACAAUGGAUAGAGCAUUGCAAGGGUUAAAGAGUGCACCGGAAUGGAAUAUUGAAGACGAACUUUUGAAGUGCAAAGGUGAAAGCCGGGUGCAAGAAGCGGCAUUCGCACAGCCCCUGUCUACCGCUGUUCAGGUUGCCCUGGUAGAUGUCCUGCGAGACUGGGGCAUUAUCCCAACUUCGGUUGUCGGACACUCAAGCGGAGAGAUUGCAGCCUCAUAUGCUUCUGGGGCAAUUCCGGCUGAAGUCGCCAUCACAAUUGCCUAUUUCCGUGGUCAAGCGUUGCAGACACGGUCAUCCAAUUGUCCAGGAGCAAUGGCAGCUGUUGGUCUCAGCCCGGAACGGGCAAAGAGCUAUUUGAACCAUGGAGUUACCAUUGCAUGUGAAAAUAGUCCGCAAAGUGUCACACUCUCCGGAGACGAAGGGAUACUGCUCGAGAUUCUCGAGCAGAUCCAAAAAGACGAUGAUAUUUUGUGCAGGCGUCUUGCGGUUAAUACUGCCUAUCACUCCCACCACAUGUAUGGGCCUGGUGAGUCGUAUGAAAGUCUCAUGCAUGGACAAAUCUCUCACAAUGACUCGAUAAUGGCCCAAUAUUCCACCGCUACUGGGACUGUUAUCCGUGAACCAAGCAAAUUAGACGCUGCUUAUUGGCGCCUGAACCUCCAAUCUUCCGUACUAUUCAACACAGCAGUUCAGCGGAUUCUCGGUGCCCAUGAAGAGACUAAGCUGUUCCUAGAAAUAGGGCCGCAUUCUGCACUUUCUGCUCCGCUUCGACAGAUAUUCCAAUCAGCCGGCGACAGGCAGAGACCCCUCUACGUCCCAACUUUACGAAGAGGUGCUGAUGGAUGGAAAUGCCUGCUGACGACAGCCGGCCACCUAUACGCACAUGGUGUCCCUAUUGAAUUGAACACAAUUUUUCCCGACCGAAGCACACUCACCAAUAUCCCCCCGUAUUCUUGGGAUCAUGAGGAGAGAUUUUGGAGCGAAACCCGGGUUACUCGUGACUGGAGACUACGCCAGGCUCGUCACCAUGAACUUCUAGGGUCAAGGAUCCUUGGGUCAAGCGACAUUGAGCCCUCUUGGAGGAAUAUUCUUCAGUUUGAUACGGCUUUGUGGCUUCUCGACCAUCGAAUUCAGGGACAAGUUGUUUUUCCUUGUGCAGGCUAUGUUGCAAUGGUAGGAGAAGCUAUUCGACAGGUUACGGGUUCCGCAGAAUACUCAAAAACGUUGAGCUCAUCACCACUUUCAGACCGGCGAAGCUCUCUGAUGACGUUGACUCGGUUUGGUACGACUUUGCAAUCACUUCCUACCGAAAUGGUUCAUGGAAAAAGCAUUGCGCAGGACAAGUUCGAGGGGAGUCUGACGAGACACAUGAAACGUCACAGAUCCAGCCUUUCAUUCGGUCAGUGCAAUCUGAAGACUGGUACAGUGCAUUGA